GGUGGAGUCUGUCACCCGAGCUGGAGUGCAGUGGCACAAUCUGGGCUCACUGCAAGCUCCGCCUUCCGGGUUCACCCCAUUCUCCUGCCUCAGCCUCCCGAGUAGCUGGGACUACAGGCGCCCGCCACCACGCCUGGCUAAUUUUUUCUAUUUUUAGUAGAGAUGGGGUUUCAUUGUGUAAGCCAGGAUGGUCUUGAUCUCCUGACCUCGUGAUCCGCCCGCCUCCGCCUCCCAAAGCGCUGGGAUUACAGGCGUGAGCCACCGCGCCUGGCCAUAAUAUUUUUUUAAAAGCAAAGAGACUCAAGAGAGAGAGUCAAAAAACAAAAGAGAGAAAGAAAGAGUGGGAGACUAGAGACCAAUCAACUUGAGUUUCAGUCUCUCUCUUUCCCAGCUUUGGUGGCUAUGAAGUCUAGCUGGACUUUGUUUCCUGCUUGUGGAUGUGUGCAAAAUUGUUGGCUUAAUCUUUACAGUUAACUCCUGUUUUUAAUUUGAGUUAAUUUGAGUGAGAUUCGAUUCCCAGCCACCAAUCAUCUCUGACCAAUGGACUUUCCCGUCCCCUUCUCCCCUGGGAACCAGGUGCUUCAGUUUGGCCCUUCUCGCUCCUAUCAAGAAAGAAUGGGAUCUGAAAAACUUUCACACUGUCAAAUACUGAGUUUGCUGACUUUUCCAGUAACAUUUUAGAAGAGCACAGCAGUGAGAAGGCCACAUGAGACAGUAAGGGAUAACAAUUCACGAUACCAUUUUGGGCAUCAGUUGUAAUCUAUUUCAGGAGGAGCACUGGAACACUAGCUAUUACCUCAGUAGCAGAUCACUUACUAUCCCCUUUUUGAGGGCUACUUACCAUCACACAUAAAGCUUUUCCUUCCUGCCACACUCCGCACACCACAUACUACAUAAGCUCUUCUGUCCAUUGUAAAUGCCUUGAAAGCGGGGAUCGUCUCCACUGUGGUUUUAUACUCACUGCUCUCACACUAGCAGUGACAGCAUCCAUUUGAAUGAAUACAUGUUCUGCAUAUAAUUUUAAUGGAUAUUCCUUCUCCCUCUCUCAGAAUGAAUAGUUUGAGAACUUCUGGGCCUAAUAUUCAGAUAAGACCCCCUCAAAAACCUUCCUUUUCCCUUUUGCCACUCCUCUGCACUUCCAUGUGCCUUUGUACUUCUGUGAGAUCUCCUAAAACUGAAGAGCAUGAGGAAGACAGGAAAUUACUAUUAGCUUUUCCUUAGUCCAGGAAAAAAAGACUGAGAGGUGGCCCAGUCAUAUUCAUAAAGUGUUGAUUAAAGAAGCCACUAUCAGCAAUUGAAAAGGACUUUCUAGUUCAGACCUGCCUCCCAUUCCAUCUGGGCACCUCCAGCAUCAGCCCACAGUUUCUCAGGCUCCAAUCCAUUCCAUGCCAGUCAUAAAGCUGACUUUCCAAUGAAGACACAAGGCAGAGAGCACAUUUGCAUCAAUGCAGGUACAGGUGUAUAAACUCAGUGGCUCCAAGCGGCUACACUGAGCAAUGUUUACAUACUUGGAAAAAGGACCAUUCUCACAGAUUCUAUUUAAGACCAAUGUGGAAAUAUUAAUAGAAAUUCUUGAAUCUAGAACUAUUCAUAAAUACUGUUUUAGAAGAAUUUAUUUUCAUUCAGAAAGGAACACAGUUUCUGACAGACUGUGAUUACCGUUUUAUUUCCUUUUUCUAUAUCAUUAAACACAAGGGUAGUAUUCAGAACACUCAAAAGUCAUAUACGGAAAGAAAAGAAAAUGAUGUUUUUGGCAUGCUUGGAUCUCUAUCAUAUUAUGUUCUUGUCUUUUCUGGUACAGUUGUAGGAUUUAUUUUCUAAACAUUCCAAUUUUACAGCAUGAGUCAUUGCUAAUGUAGAAACCAACUGAAUCAUCCAUCCAUCCAUCAAUGAAUAUUCUUGUCUUCUUUUUCCUUAUAUGUGCUUAUCUUUAUACUAAAAAAGAUAUUAGGAAUUCUUGCAUUUAAAGCACUUCUUCUCCCUUUCACUUAUUUUGUUUGUUUUACAGGUAAUACAGUAAAGCUAUCAUUAACUUUGUUUUGGUUCAGAUUUCCAUCCAAAAUAUUGAGUCAGAAACUCAAAUCAAGUGUACUCUUAAGUAUCUGAAAUCUGAUGUCUUCCAUACAGGAGGUAAAUAUAAAGUCUAGAAAAAGGAGAAUAGAAAAGAAAUAUUUUCACACUUUCUGGCCUUAAGAAAGACCAAUCAGACUGGAUUGUGGUAAUAAGUCUAUGUCUUCUUCACUUAGCCUUUCAGAGUUGACUAAAAGUUAUUUGAUUGGCCAGGCAUGGUGGCUUAUGGUUGUCAUCCCAGCACUUUAGGAGGCCGAGGGGGGCAGAUCAUCUGAGAUCAGGAGUUCGAGACCAGCCUGGCCAGUAUGGUGGAACACUGUGUCUAUUAAAAAUAAAAAAAAUUAGCCAGGCAUGGUGAUGCAUGCCUUAUAGUCCCAGCUACUCAGGAGGUCGAGGCAGGAGAAUCACUUGAACCCGGGAGGUGAAGGUUGCAGUGAGCCGAGAUCGUGCCACUGCACUCCAGCCUGGGCGACAGAGUGAGGUCCAUCUCAAAAAAAGAAAAAAAAAAGUUAUUUGAUCAUCUUGUUUCAAAUACGAAGAAUCUAGUUUAUUCCAUUCCAUCUUAAAUAUAUCACCUAGGAUACUUGAUAUUGUAAUAGAAUUACUUGUUAGGCACAUCUUUUAUUAUUAUUAUCUAUACCAGAUGGUUUCAAGGAGAAGACAUAUUUACUUGGAACCAACCUAUGGUUUGAGGUGGGGCUGGGGAGUGGGCAAGAGCACUGGUCCAGGAGUCAAGAGAACUAAAUGUUAGUCACUGUGAUACCACCGGUGAGUGAAGCUGUCACUUACUGGGCUUUCUUGUUCGUUCGUUUCUUUUUCAGUAAAAUGAAUUUCCUUCAGUGCCUGAAAUCUCUUUCUAAGACUCAAUGACUGAGCCUUUUCCUAUUGUUUAUCUCUUGCCCCAAAACUUGUAACACAAAGUCUCCCCAAUUUUUAUGCACUUAACAAUCCACUGUUCAGUAGCCAUUCUAUAUUACAUGCAAUUAUCAUCAUGAGCCCCCUUUCCCAUUCUUGACUAUAUGGAGAUUAUAUGGGGAAAACUAUAAUAUGGAUCACAGGGAAAAAACUGAAUUAAAAGGAAGAUUUGGUCCGGGCACGGUGGCUCACACCUGUAAUCCCAGCACUUUGGGAGGCUGAGAUGGCCGGAUCAGUUGAGGUUGGGAGCUUGAGGCCAGCCUGAUUAACAGGGAGAAACCCCGUCUCUACUAAAAAUACAAAAUUAGCUGGGCGUGGUGGUGCAUGCCUGUAAUCCCAGCUACCCAGGAAGCUGAGGCAGGAGUGUCAUUUGAACCCAGGAGGCGGAGGUUGCAGUGAGCCGAGAUGGCACCAUUGCACUCCAGCCUGGGCAACAAGAGCAAAACUCCAUCUCAAAAAAAAAAAAGGAGGGGGAAGAUUUGAAUUUAUUAUGCAUUAUUUCUAAGAGAGAACUCAGAGAAAUCAUUUGUCCUAAACAAUAGCUUCUAUCUAUUGACUCCCAAGUAGUUCCCAAGAAACUAAAUUGCUUUUACCAAAUUAUCCUUUUAAUACAUCCAUGUUAUAGACUCAUCAACUACCUGUUCAUUAAAACACAUGGCCUACCAAAAUUAUGUCUUAACAUCAUUAGCUUUUAAAUACUAGAAGUCAUUUCAACCCUUAGAAAAGUCUGGUGAGCAUGAUUACAUGUGGAAACUUUCAGAUAGAAUGCAUCCAAAAAAGUAAGUGUAUUAAAAAUGUAAAUAUAUUUCAGAUAUCCAAAAAUGUAGACAUAUUGUCAGGCUUUGCUACUUUUUUGCAGUUUCACAUCAUGUCUUUACUUGUAAUAAUAUCAAUAAUUGCUGCAAAGAUAAUAAACUACAUUCCCAUUCACCUAUCCCUCUACCCCAGUACUGUGUUAUACAGUUUUCCCUGCAACAUGGUGUCAGUCUGCAAAGCGUCUUUGUAACAUCAGGAAGAGAGUCUAGAUUUCCUUCCAGGGCAACACAUUUUGCUAUUAGGUUGAACCAUAAAACUGCCAUUUUUGGUCAGGAAUGAUUUACCACUGGUGGUUUCAUAUGGCACAAGCUAAAGAGCCUUCCUUGGGUUUGAGUUACAGUCCUGAGAGUCGCUUGUGUGUCCAAUGGGCCAGUUACUUAAUUGCUGAGUCUUGGUGUGUGAAAUGGUAAUAACACCUAAUUUAUAGGAUUGAUUGUUAACUUAACAUUGAGGCUUAGCAAUGACGUAUAGGAGCACCGUGCCUAGAAACAGUUAUUGUUCAAGAAAUAGGUAAUAAUACAAUAUAAUUAUCAGUAUAAGUAAUUUAGAAGAGUUUCCUCACUUUUCCUUUAGCCAUUUUUGCAUAUAUGGUGAAGGUAAUGGUUGCUAUGGUAGAGAGAAAUGGAAAAUAUUUGUGAAGCAAGCACAAUUUUUAAAACCCCAAUAACGUUAAAGGCCUUCCAUUCCUGUCUUGUAUGCUCUCUUAUGUCCAAGUAAGGGCACAGAUAAAGUUUGACACAUACUCGGUGGAGUAUCUAAAUAGAAAAUGUACUGAAGCAAACGAAGAACAGAGUUUUAAAAAAAAAAUCAAAGCACUAAGCAAACAUUCUGAACUUUUGGCAGAGGAAUUGGACUGUCUGAAUCUCCAUGACUCUUUGGAGUUAUUAAUAGUGAUGCAUUUUGCCAUAUUUUGAGCAGAUGCAUAUUUAUAGGUCACGCAAUAUCUGUGUGAGGAGACUUUCAAGGCUUUAUGGCCUUUUAAAAAUGUCUUAUCUUGGAAGAGAACAGGGCAAGGAGGAUGCCAUUUUGUCAUCUGUGCAGCACCAAUCACCCUGUGCUCAUUAAAUGUUACGGGAAAGAUGGGCACUGCAGCAGGGCCUGGAAUGUGGCUCCCAUCUGCACUGCCAGAAGCCAUGAUGAAGUCACGAGUUGCACAACAGUAGUAAUUCGCAGCUAUUUAUGACCAUUUUAAUAGCAAAGGUCUAGAUUAGAAGGCUGUGUUUACAUGCCAUGUAGCAGAAUAGUUCACGAAUCAUUCCCACAGUAACGUUUGGUCAAACCAAUCAACCAAGUAAUGAAAAAUGAACCAGUUGUUCUUGAGGUUGUGACUAAUAGAUCUCUAAGUUAGCCUCUACUUUCCUCAUGCUCUUCCAUACCUGAGACAGAAUUGACUCCUGCCCCAUGCCUACAGACUCUCCUCCUCUGUCUUCCCGGCAAGCCACAGCCCUGUUACCGUUUCUCCACCCAAGCUCAAAGCCGUAAGACAUCAGGUAAUGAGAGGCCCUAAGAUCCCAGAGGAUGCCGUAAGAGGAAAAGUCAGGGGAGUGUUGAAGACUCUGUCUCCUACAAAUAUGAUUGUUGGAGGACAAAAUGACAAUAUGAGCAAGUGAAAUGGUAUGCCUAAUACCAGUGAGCCCUCAGUAAACAGUAGGCAGCAACCAAGCUGGUGGGAAGUCUUCUAUCCAGGAGGGUGCAAAUUGUUGACUUGCAAGAUGAUGAGGAUUUCCAGAUAGACACAGGCUGGAGUGCAAUGGCACCAUCUCGACUCACUGCAACCUCUGCCUCCCGGGUUCAAGCGAUUCCUCUGCCUCAGCCUCCUGAGUAGCUAGGAUUACAGAUGCCACCGGAAAUGUCAUCUUUUCCCCAGACGCUGGCUUGCAAGCACAGCAGCACCCAGAGGCUAACCUAUUUCCCCUAUAGCCCAAGCUCUGAGAUCUCCCGUCUGGUCACAAUGAUCUACAGGAGAGGAAGAAAGCUAUCUAGGGACGAGAUCUAGAAUCAACUGAGAGAGAUGCUUAAAAAUCACCAGUUACUUUAAUGACCAUCCGCAGAGCCAUCCUGUGCAAAGGAAGGAGCUAGGCUGUGCGUCCUGGGCGUCAUGAUCCUUCUGCGGGCCUCCGAAGUGCGGCAGCUGCUUCACAAUAAGUUCGUGGUCAUCCUGGGGGACUCUGUGCAUAGGGCAGUAUACAAGGACCUGGUGCUUCUGCUGCAGAAGGACCGCCUGCUCACUCCCGGGCAGCUUAGAGCAAGGGGGGAGCUGAACUUCGAACAAGAUGAGCUGGUGGACGGAGGCCAGCGGGGCCACAUGCACAACGGCCUUAACUACCGUGAGGUCCGCGAGUUCCGCUCCGACCACCAUCUGGUGCGUUUUUACUUCCUCACCCGCGUGUACUCCGAUUACCUCCAGACCAUCUUGAAAGAGCUGCAGUCGGGCGAGCACGCCCCCGACCUGGUCAUCAUGAAUUCCUGCCUCUGGGACAUCUCCAGGUAUGGUCCGAACUCCUGGAGAAGCUACCUGGAGAACCUGGAGAACCUGUUCCAGUGCCUGGGCCAGGUGCUGCCCGAGUCUUGCCUCCUGGUGUGGAACACGGCCAUGCCUGUGGGCGAGGAAGUCACCGGGGGUUUUCUUCCGCCCAAGCUCCGGCGGCAGAAGGCCACCUUCCUGAAAAACGAAGUGGUCAAAGCCAACUUCCACAGCGCCACCGAGGCACGUAAACAUAACUUCGAUGUACUGGACUUGCAUUUCCACUUCCGCCAUGCGAGGGAGAACCUGCACUGGGACGGGGUGCACUGGAAUGGACGUGUGCACCGCUGCCUCUCCCAGCUGCUGCUGGCCCACGUGGCCGACGCCUGGGGUGUGGAGCUGCCCCACCGCCACCCCGUGGGCGAGUGGAUCAAGAAGAAAAAACCUGGCCCGAGAGUCGAAGGGCCGCCCCAGGCCAACAGAAAUCACCCGGCCUUACCUCUGUCUCCACCCUUACCUUCCCCCACAUACCGCCCCCUGCUUGGGUUCCCACCCCAGCGCUUGCCGCUGCUCCCGCUCCUGUCCCCACAGCCUCCUCCUCCCAUUCUCCAUCACCAGGGAAUGCCCCGGUUCCCACAGGGUCCCCCAGAUGCCUGUUUUUCCUCAGACCAUACUUUCCAGUCGGAUCAAUUCUAUUGCCAUUCAGAUAUCCCCUCAUCAGCCCAUGCAGGUUUCUUCUUCGAAGACAACUUUAUGGUUGGUCCUCAGCUGCCUAUGCCCUUCUUCCCCACACCCCGUUAUCAGCGGCCUGCCCCAGUGGUACAUAGGGGUUUUGGUAGGUAUCGUCCCCGUGGCCCCUAUGCGCCCUGGGGACAGCGGCCUCGACCUUCAAAGAGAAGGGCCCCAGCCAAUCCUGAGCCAAGGCCUCAAUAGACGGACCUAGGCCUUAUUUCCUCUUUAUGAACAUGGAUUGGACAGAUCUGACACUUCCUUUCCAUUGCUUAGCCUGAACAGACUGACCUUGUUAACUUAAGCCUGGAGUCCAUGCCUCGUCUUCCUUUUGUUCAUUGCUGUUACCAAGAAAGCCAAGGAAGAGCAGCCUGACUCAUUCUUCUUGGCUGCAGCCUCUUCCCCACUUCCUGGGAGUGACCCAGCGUUAUUCCUGCCUCCUCACUCCUAUUCUCUUUGCCUUUGUGUAAAAAUAAAAUGGAAAUAAACAAGUUGCACAGAA